CUUUUCCUUCCUUUUCAACCACGGCGUUUCCACCCAGCGACUCGUCUUCUUUGUCUUUUUCUGCUGCCGCCGCUGCCAGUAACGCAGCAUCGGGCCUUCUUGCAUCGUACGGAGCCAGCACAGGAGCAGGAGCAGGAGCAGGAGCAGGAGCAGGAGCAGGAGCAGGCUUUGAGUCGCGGUUUUCGUCGAGGGGCAGCAGUUACACCAACCUGCCGCUCCUCGCCGCCUCGUCAUUAUCGGCAUCAUCAUCAUCAUCAUCGCCCACUCCAGGACCCCAGCAGUAUCAGCAACAGCAUCAACAGAGCGGCGGCAGUGGCGGAAUGUCGGCGUCUCCAACCGCGUCAAUGUACUCGCUCUCGGCGUCGACCAGCACGACGACCGCCACCACGACGCUGCAUCCAAACAACCACCUCACUCUGGGCGACGGCAGCAGCAGCAGCAGCAUCAGCAGCAGCGGCGGUGGUGGUGGUGGUGUCGGUGCGCGGCACUCUGGCUCCUACUACACUGCGACCUCGUCACCGUCGCAGCACCCUCAGAACGCCCUCCUCCACCCCUCAGGCUCGGGCUCAGGCUCGGUCUCAGGCUCAAGUGCAGCGAUGCAAGGGCUUAACGCAGGCUCUGGCGUGGCUCACCAACAGCAUCAGCAGCAGCAGCAGCAGCAGCAGCAGGUCAAUACUGCCUCGUCACCAGCGUUCGGAUUCACGCUCAACGCAAGCAACAGCCAUCAUCACCACACGACAAGCGCGACAAGCAUGACAAGCAUGAUGAGCUCGGGCAGUACACACAGCAGUAGCGGCGCCGUCAAUGGCAAUACAACCAGCACUGCUGCGACUGCGACUGCGACUGCGAGCGAGGCCGUCGCUGCCACUGCGGCACUCGCGUCGACCGCGGGCCUGCCUGCGCUCGAAGGGCGGAUGCACAAGUGGACCAACUACCUGCAUGGCUGGCAGGAACGCUACGUGCAGCUGUCGGGCGGCGUCCUGUCCUACUUCAAGUCGCAGGCGGACGUUGCGUACGGCUGCCGUGGCUCGAUGAACCUGCGCGAGGCCGUCGUCCUCGUCCACCCGUACGACGAGCUCAGGUUUGACGUGGCCCUGCAGGACUCGGUCUACUACCUGCGCACACAGUCCAACGACGACCGCGAGCGCUGGGUUGAAGCCAUCGAAACGUCCAAGACCACGCUCAUCGAAACAAUGUCCAUCAGCUCGGCAGGGAGCGUCCGCAAGAAGCAGUCGGCCAAGUCGCUCGCGUUUGCAGCGUCGCUCAAGGCCAAGACGCUCAAGGAACGGCUGUCAGAGAUGGAGAGCUACCGCGACAUUCUCGGCAAGCAGUCCGACCAGCUGCUCUUGUACUAUGAGCAACUCCUAGCCUACCACCAGCAGCUCGCCAUGGCCAGCGUCUCCAAUGUUGCCCAGCUGAGCGAAGGCGACGGCCCGCUGCCCCCGCCCCCGCCACCCCCGAUCGACGAGAACGAGCUCCGCGAGGAAGUCAUCACCUACAAGGCCACCUCCUCGGGCAUGGUCACCGCGCUCGAUGAAGUCAUCCAAGAGGUCACGAAGAAGGACGAGGAGUUUGCAAAGCGGUACGAGCACGAAGUGGAGCGACGGCGCCAAGUGGAAGUCGAGCUGGCCAAUCUGCGCUCGACCAAGCGGCCCAUGCCUGCGAUUCAAAACAAGCUUCCUGGGCCUGAUAUGGAGGAAGGUCCCCAUUCGUCCCUGAAGGAUGACGAGUUCUUUGACGCAGUGGAGGCUUCCUUGGACAAGAACGACGCAUUCCAAAUGGAAGAUCAGACUGCACGCCAGCUGGCAGCUGGAGCACAUCUCGCUCCGCUCGGCAAGCACCGAUUUGCGGACGUGGUCACCAAAGGUCUUGCGGAAGCAAAGCAGUUUGAAUCGGAAGACGUGGAGCACGACAAGCUUUGGUCUGUGGUGCUGGAAGAAAACACGACAAAGGUUUGGCGUCGCGAAAUUGAAGACGCCAAUGGCGCGCUCUUGUUCGAUCGACUUCGGGCGCAUUGCGAUAUUCCCGGUGUUUCCGGGCGCGAGGUGGCAGAUGUAUUUUACGAUGAGGAGAAGCGACACAAACUGGAAGAUGCCAUUUCGGAACACCAGCGCACCCUCGAGCUGCUCGAUACCAAUACGUACAUUCAACAGGUCUUGUACAAGAAGGUCUGGCCUGCAGCGCAACGCGAAGCCGUGUGUAUCGUUCAUCUUGAGCAACUAGGCCGAUUUGACUGGGCUGCAUGCUGUUGGUCUGUCGAUCACAAAGACGCCCCGGCCGACAAAUACUGUCGUGUUACCACAAGUGCCUCGCUGAUCUGCCGAACGCGCUUCCAUCCAAGUGUCGACGUGAGCAAAAUCACUGACCUGUCUGCAGUUCCCCGUGACAAGAUUUCCGCGCACGUCAUGUAUACGGCCUGCGUCAAUCCCGGUGGCUGGGCGCCCAUCACUGUCGUGCGUGCUGUUGCCAAGCGUGAAUAUCCAAAGUUCCUCCGUCGCAUCGAGCAGAUUGCCCUCAGCUACGUCAAGCCCGGCUCUCCUCUCGUUCACUAGUAGUACUAGCGUAGUGUAGUGUGGAGAGGAGUUGGAUUUUGUGUUGCUCAUUGCAAUUGCGCAGUCACCCCUUUUGUUGGUUUCCGCUUGCAUCCGAUUGUGACUGUGUUGUCUUCCCUCUUCCUUUUCUUUCUUGUAUUUCCGAAAUUACCAAAGUCGUUCUUGUUGUUGUUGUUGAAUCUGUGCAAAUCUCCGUUGCUGAGCGCGGUUGAUACUUGUU